AUGUCUCCAUAUCGGUUGGUUUUCGGUAAAGCGUGUCAUUUGCCUGUGGAGUUAGAGCAUAGAGCUUAUUGGGCAAUCAAGCAAUUGAAUAUGCGCUUUGAUGGAGCCGGAGACCAUAGGAAGCUUCAGUUGCAAGAGUUGGAGGAAAUCCCGAGAUCCUAUGAGAAUGCAGCCAUCUACAAGGAGAAGACAAAAGCUUGGCAUGACAAAAUGAUUAUGCGGAAAGAAUUCAAGGUGGGUGACAAGGUACUUCUCUACCAAUCCCGCUUGAGAUUAUUUCCGGGUAAGCUUCGAUCCCGUUGGGAUGGUCCUUUUGUAGUUGUUAAAGUCUACCCUCAUGGUGCAGUUGAUAUCCGAAGUUUGAGUACGGAUAGUGUUUUCAAAGUGAAUGGCCAAAGGCUUAAGCCUUACUUUGAAAUUGCGAAAGUGGAGGAUGUAGAGUUUUUGGAACUCUAUGCCCUCACUAUGAGUAACUUUUUGUGCUUGCAUGACGUCGAGCUUUCGACUUUAAACUAA